UUCAGUAACGCCUAACCUUAUAACCAAACUUUUCAUUAGGAAGUUAUAUUCUCUUUUUCUGCCGUUUAAAUCUUUACAGAAUGAAUUUCGGUGCAUUUCCAUUUCCAACUUGUGCACCGCUUAAGCCGCGUCGAAAUCCCGUGGAUGUUUUUGGCACAGCGAAUGUCGCUGCUGGACACAGAUUACGAGAAGCCAACAGUGGCUGCCGAUAUAUGGAACAAUUUUACUACCUCAGAAAGGCUACUACCGUGGAUCCCAAUGAACUAGAAGACCGUAGAAACUUGGAACAAGUAAUAUCAAGAGUUGCUUUCGAACAGAGGACCGAGAAGCGAAUUAUUCGUGAAAAGAUUCGUCAAGGCGUGGAACAAGGAAUGGCAGCCUACGAUCAGGACAUAGAGAAACGUCGCGAGAAAUUACGAAAAUUAAUAAUUUUGGAGGAGACCGCGCUUACCAACGAAAUUGUAGAGCUGGCGAGUCGUGGGGAUGAGAUGAGACUAGAAGAAAUGCGAGCUCAGGCGGAGAGACUUCGAAAAUCGAGGGAGGACGAGCGUUUAGCGUUCGUAGCUGCUAAGAGGAUGCAGCAAUAUCUAUCGAGAUGUCCUGACGCACGAGAUUUAUCCUCAGUAAGGAUUGCAAAGGACGUGAAGCACUGCAAUCUGGUUCAGAUGACUGAGAACGAGGCGAGACGAAGAUCCGAAAAGGAGCUCGAUAUGCUCUGGCAUCGUUUGAUGCUCAAGGAACUAGAAGUUAAGAAACUCCGUGAAAUCGAAGAUCUGAGAAGGAAGGAUUUAGCGGAUAAGGAAGUCGUGGAUACUCUGAGGAAGCAGGUCGCCGGUAAGGAGGCCUUGAGGGAGGAGCUGAAACGCAUAGAAAUAGAAGAAAAAAAAUAUCUGGAGAGAUUAUGGAACAAUAUUCGUGAAGAGGAGCUAAGGAAUCUCGCGCGAGAACGAGAAAAGCGUGAGAGACUAAAAAAGGAUCUGGAGGAUCAGCUAAUAGCUGCCAAAAGGACAUUAGCCGAGAGAGCCAGACAAGAGGCUGAGAUAGAUAGGAUAUUCAGGAACCUGAACGAGGCCGAAUUGGCUCGGGAAAAAAGUAUCCUAAGGGAAUCAUCUCAGGUUCUUCGUAGAGAGAUGCUGUCCUAUCUGAAGUACCUCGAGGAUCUUCGAGUCGAGCAGGCGCGCCAAGACGUUCUCGUCAAUGAGAUUGUCGAGAAAUCUUAUAAGGACACCCUGGCGCGUAAGGAUCUCGCGCUGAGAAAAUUUCAGGAAGUGAGACAACGUAGACUUCGCGAGGUCCUGGAAGGACGUACGAUGCAGCUGGAAGCUAGGAGAGAGAAGGAAGAAAGAGAGCGCAAGCGGAGAAACGAGGAGAGAGAAAUUCUGGAGAAGAAUUUGGAAAACGAACGAAAUCUUGAAGUCUUUGAGCGUAACAGACAACGAGAUCGUGCCCGGAAGUACGGACAGGAUUUGAAGGAUCAACAGAAUUACACGGAAUCCAUGCGCAAACGAGAGAAAGAGGAGGACGAGAGGAUGUAUCGAGAUGGACUGAAGAGAGACGAUGAAUAUAAGAAAUUAACCGAAGAAUUAUUGAAGGCUUCUGAUGACGUAACACCCCAUGCCUUUAAGAUAUUGAUCAAAGAGUGUGCUGCCAGAAGGGAUGCCGAGGACAAGGGUCUGUGCUAUUGUCCACCGCCAUUGCCAAAGGACUAUCCUUAAUUGUGAUGAGAGUCGAGAGGAACGCGAGAAUAGAGUAAUGCGUCUUUCUGGUAAUUCCACGCUGUACGUUAUCAAAGACAUUGGCUUGGUUAAUUGGAAAUGUAAAAGGGGGUGAAGUUUAAAGUGGACAGGGAGAUCAAGCCAGAGCGCGAGCUUUACCUUAGCCACGAGGCGGUCCGUGGUUCCUACAUCCCUUCUGGGCUCCAUGGGAUUACCCUGAUUUAUCGUACCAAUUGCCCUGGAGUAGGUACGUCCAAACUUUCUUUUAUUAGCCCCGGCCGACCUUUCUUUAUUUUUCCCCGUACGAAUACAUUUCCAGAGACAUUUUAACCUUCAGAGCGAAUAAACCCCGUAAGUGAUAACUACCAAUCCGUCAUCCCUCUCCAGUGCAUCAGCUCAAUCAAUCAAUCAUCCAUGCUCUUUAAUGCGUAUUCUGGCUCUGCGAAUAUACUCUACGAGUAAAUAUGUAUGGAUGAACAUGAUAAAUCCGCCACAUCACAGCUAUAUCCAGGUGACUCACUUAC